AUGAACAAAUCACUAAAUACUUCAAGAGAUACCAGAUCUUCAUUAUAAGAAGUUAUCACAAGUCAUUCUGAACAAAUAAUUAAGAGUAAUCAAUUAGAAUAAGAAUUGCAUCGAGUCAAUCAAUAGAGGAAACUACUCACUAUGGAAUUGGAUGAUUGGAGCUAUUAAUAUGUCUAAAAGUCACAAGCUCUUUAAGAAUGCGAAUUAGAAAAUGCUCUUUUAAGGAGAUAAAUUCAAACUCAAAGUCAAUCCGAAGACAUUUAAAAAUUGCAUGUUUUAUUAUAGUAAAUAUUUAUUAAAAGCAGAUAGAAAAACCAAAUCAUCUUAGAAUGGACAAAGAAGUUCGAAAAUAUUGAGAAGAGAUUAGAAAAUGAGAACAAAUUAUAACAACAAGUAAAACAACAAUAAUAUUUAAAUGACAUAAUUAAACAACAACUAACUGAAUUAAAGUAGUAGUAAAUCAUUUUAUCCAAUAAUUACUUGGAAUUGAAAGAAGAAAGAAAAUAAUAUUAUCUAAAAUUUAUAGAGGCCAAUUCAUAAAUCCAGAAAUUGGAAAUAAAUAACAAUCAAUUAGAAAUUGAGAAAACUCAACUCUAAUCUGAUCUCAAACUAGUCAAACAAGAUUGUUUGUAAUUAACAGAAAAACAUAAUUAAAUAUAAAGUAUGGAAGAAAAGAAAAACAAAUGGAAAACUAGAUACCAUGAUUUGAGUAUUCAAUUCAAAGACAAUCCUAUUGAAUAAUUUAAUCAAAAAUUGAUAGAAUAAUCCAAUCAUGAAGUUUAGAAUCCUUAACAGGAAUUUAACAUAGUUGAGAACAAUGAUAGUGAGGAAUUGAACGAUAUGAAAGAUAAGUUAUAACAGUUGGAAUAAGAGAAUCAGUAUUUAAGAGAAUAGAAUAUUGACUUACAAAAUCAAUUCUAAAGUGCUACUGACAAACUCUUAAAAUAGCAAUUAUAAAAUUCGAUGACUAAAGAAUAAAGCCAAACUUUUUCAUUUGUUCAUUACCAUCAUGAAUAUUGUGAUUCAUUACAAGAUUAGCAAAUCUAAGAUUGA